AUUCUCUCUCUCUCUCUCUCUCUCUCUCUCUCUCUCUGAUCAAUCAUGGCUCCUAGGGGUAGCAGUCCCUGUGCUUCCUACAUGGUGGUGCUCGGGAGCUUGUUAUUAAUGGCUGCUUCCAUAGCCGCGGCCGGGAACUUCUACCAGGACUUCGACGUGACGUGGGGUGGUGGCGAACGUGCCAAGAUAUUUAACCGGGGUCUGCUCCUGUCCCUUUCCCUCGACAGAGUGUCCGGGUCGGGCUUCCGGUCCAAGAAGGAGUACCUGUUCGGCCGGAUAGACAUGCAGCUCAAGCUGGUCGCUGGAAACUCUGCUGGCACCGUCACCGCUUACUACUUGUCUUCGCAAGGGCCGACUCACGACGAGAUCGAUUUCGAGUUCCUGGGGAACCUGACCGGCGACCCUUACAUACUCCACACCAACGUCUUCACUCAAGGGAAGGGCAACAGAGAGCAACAGUUCUACUUGUGGUUUGACCCCACCAGAAAUUUCCACACGUACUCGGUCAUCUGGAAGCCCCAGCACAUCAUCUUCUUGGUGGACAACAUUCCUAUCAGAGUGUUCAAGAAUGCAGAGUCCGUUGGUGUGCCAUUCCCCAAGAGCCAGCCCAUGAAGAUAUACUCGAGCCUCUGGAAUGCUGAUGACUGGGCCACGAGAGGAGGGCUGAUCAAGACAGACUGGUCGAAAGCGCCCUUCACGGCAUACUACAGGAACUUCCAGGUCACUGCCUGCACCUGGUCCUCGGGGUCCUCGUCCUGCGACAUCAGGCGGCCCUCCUCCUACUCCGGAGCCACGUGGCAGGUAAAUGAGCUUGAUGCCAACGGCCGGAGGCGGCUCAGGUGGGUCCAGAAGUACUUCAUGAUCUACAACUACUGCGCGGACCUCAAGAGGUUCCCUCAAGGCAUCCCUGCCGAAUGCAAGCGUUCGCGAUUCUAGGG